GGUGUCGAGACGACAUGCAACAUUGUGCUCAUCAAGACCAAAUAUUGAAUCAUUCUCUGCCCAUUCCUCAUACGGUCCACGUGGAAGGUGUUCACGGCCCAUCCCAAACACCAAACACCCAUCCAUCCGCCAAGACCGGAAUCUUGGAAACCAAGAGAUCAUAUGCCCGCAUAUAAAUUACCCCACGAAAAUAUGCAGCCACUGAGCAAGCAUUCUCCAGAUUACCUGUCUUGGCAGUUAAAUAUCGCGGGGAAUUAUAUCCUCACAAUGCCUCUUCGGGAUCAGUCGCUCGCAUGAACAGUUAUUGUUCAUAUCGGGAUAAUUGAUUUUGUUGGCUAAACGCAUCGGAUAUUGAGAGACGUCAAAGUUACUUCCGUGCGGGCUAUAAACACGGCAGGGAAUAAAACAUGUAUUACUUGGCCUUCUCCCUUCCAUGUAGCAGUCUUCUCGCUGUGUCUGUAUGACUUGGUCAAGAUGAAGUUCUCCAUUGUUUGCUCUGCUCUGGUCGCCGUCGCCAACGCGCACUACACGUUCCCAGCUCUCAUCGCGAAUGGCGCUACGACCACGGAAUGGGAAUACGUGCGUCAAUGGACGGGCUUCCAGUCCAAUGGACCUGUGACUGAUGUUUCCUCUCUGAACAUUCGAUGCAAUGUUGGUGCUUCAACGAAGCAAGCGCCAGGGAUAAUGACUGUUGCUGCUGGAUCAACUGUUGGGUUCACUGCAAAGGCCGACAUCUCACACCCAGGACCAAUGCUUUGGUACAUGGCGAAAGUUCCAGAGGGAAAGACUGCUGCGACCUGGGAUGGAAGCGGAGACGUCUGGUUCAAGAUCUACCAGGAUGGACCCAACUUUAGGCGCAAGAGGGCUUCGCUUCCCGCUGGUGAUUAUCUGAUCCGUGUCGAGCAUAUCGCGCUGCACUCAGCCCAAGCAUCCGGUGGUGCCCAAUUUUAUCUCUCUUGUGGACAACUAACCGUCACUGGUGGUGGAUCAGGAACGCCAAUUCCAUUUGUUGCCUUUCCGGGAGCAUACAAAGCUUCGGAUCCCGGAAUUAUGAUCAAUAUCUAUUAUCCCGUGCCAACGAGCUACACACCACCCGGCCCAGCUGUGUGGACUGGUUGA